AUGGCCGUGGACAAUGUGGGGGAUACUUUCUCAUAUCAAGUAUGGCCGCCAUCGUGGCACGAUGGCCAAAACAAUAAGCGACGAGAGUGAUCGAUAAGGUGGUGCGGGAUCGGGACGCUGUCACGUCCUGGAAAGAUGUCCUCAACGAUGGCGCAUGAGACGACGAUAUCGGAGUUGACGGAAUUGGACAGCGACGGAUCGAGUUGCGGUGAACGCGACGCGAGGAAACGUCUUCGUUUCGACGUGGAUUCGACCGGGCCGAAGAAGAGGCGAAAACAAACGACGCCCGUGAGAUUCUCCUCGACGUUGGUGCCCGGCGCGCACGAGGAAUCGAACGAGGACGAGGACGAGGACGAGGACAGCGAAGGUAAGCUGUCGUCGCAAUCACCCGUGCCGUGUCAAUCGUCGAUAAGGGACGAGAACCUGACUAACGAAUUCCGUUGCAAAUACUGUAGUCAGUUUUUCGACAGUAAAGAAACGCUGAACGUUCACCUCGACAAUGAGCACGGCUCCGCGAGUCAGAGUCGAAAUAGGUCUCCGAAUGCCGCGGUCAAACAAGAAUCGUCUCAGCAGCUGGACCAAUCCGAGAAUCCCGUUAAUUUGCUUAGCGUGAAGGACUUCGCGAUAAAUUGGCUAGCCAGCGGGCAACACGUGCAAUCGCACAACGCACAAAUGCAGACGCAGAACGAGGAAUCCUGGAUGCUCGGAUCGGUCAAUCAAAUCCCACCGUUGCCCAACCACUUGCAAAUCCUUUCUGGCUUUCCUAGCGCGUUGGCGCAAUAUUUACCCGUGCCCGCGUUCCCGUUAACAGAUUCCGGUUCGAUGGUGAAACCGUCGUUAGGACCAACGCCGGUCAGGAUCUUUAAUCCGGAAGCGUACUGUGAUCUGUGCAAUAAAGAAUUCUGCAACAAGUAUUUCCUCAAGACGCACAAAGCGAACAAGCACGGCAUCUACGCCGAUUCGCCGGGACCUAGCACCAUGGACAAUAGCAUUCCAGGGCCAUUGUUCCCUACCAACUAUUCUAGUAACGUGAUUAAGCUCGAACUACCCCCUACGCCACCUACGCCGACCGUCGCGUGCGAUCUCUGUCAGAAGCGUUUCAAGAACGAGGAAUCGAUGCGCAAACACAAGCAAAAGAUGCACACCGAGCUGCUGGAUCAGUCGCAGGAGUCGCAGUCCAUCAAUUUGUCGCAAAACGAGGAGGACAGGGACACCCCGAGGGACAGCCUCGGUGGUAUGGAGACGUUGUUUAAACAAGAGUACGGGAUAGAGCAGGAGGACGCGACGUUCGUACCAGCGCCCAGGCAUCUAUCGCCUCAAUCGAUUCAGCAGGCACGGGACUCGGGUUUCAGCGCCGAUCGGCUUCGUCGUUUGGGCGUUAUUAAUCCGGAGGCGUUCUGCGAGAUAUGCUGCAAAGAGUAUUGCAACAAGUACUUCCUGCGUACGCACAAAAUGAAGAGGCACGGCAUCGUCGUUCAUGACAACGAGAGAUCGCCCAGUAAUCAAGGAACGGCGCCCAGCUGGCAUCAAGUGCAGACCAGCCCGUUGAAUCUGAUCGUGACGGAGUCGAAUUCUGGUAGCACGGAGUCGAACGAACGAGCAGCCGGCGACGACUACGAGUGCAAAUCGUGCGGGAUACGUUUCCAGACGAUUGGCCUGUAUCAAGCACACUGUCGGAAGAUGCACGAGAGCGAGGAGCAGCAGUCGCCCAGGCCAGACUGCGAGUUGGACGCGGCCGAUCAACGAAACGACUCGAUCUCGGAGGAUCUUCAGAAAUUGCAGACGAUGCUGUUGCAGUUGAACGGGCUUAAGUCUAGCAAGGGGUUAUCGUGCAACGUGUGCGGAAAAGAAUCCGAGACCAGAGCUGCGUUGCAUAUUCAUAUGAUAACGGAGCACGGAGCUAGCCAAGAAGAUUCAACGUCCUCGCCGCAAGAAAAAUCACCGUUAACCACAACCGUCGCGUUCUGCGCCCUCUGCGGCAAGGAUUACGCGAGCCAAGACGCUCUCAGGAAGCACAUCGCCGACGAACAUCAACCACCGAUUUCGAACACCACUCUUCCUCACACCCCUACGGCGACAACGACCAAUACGAAUUCGACCAGCCAAACUCCGACGGAGAGGAAAGUCACGUCGAUGACGCCCACGUCCAGCUACUGCGAGAUAUGCAACAAGGAGUUGUGCAAUAAGUACUUCAUGAAGACGCACAUGCAAAGAAUGCACGGCAUCGAGAUCGAGAACGGAGCCCAGAUCGGAGGUGUGAUAUGCAACAUUUGCAACAAGGAGCUGUGCAGCAAGUACUUUCUGCGCGUUCACAAGCACAACACUCACGGCAUAGUCGAUGAAAAUACUGCCAGUUCGGUGAAACAGGAGGCCCACGAAACAACGAGCGCGGACGAUGCUGCUUUGAAACCGGAACAGCUCGGUGAUCUGAGCCACAGAUACUUCACUCACUUUACAGAGGUUUGUCCGAUCUGUAGCAGGAGGUUCCGUAGUGUAAAGUGGCUAAAGGCACACCUGAUGGGUGAUCAUGGGAAAACAGGUGUCGACAAGUGGCGCGAAAUGGAGCAACAGUAUCAAACGAUGCCGAAAUCAGGGAACAGAGCAGUAAACAUAACAUCGAAGAGUGCUCAACAGAGCUCGAACCUGAAGAUACCGAAUGGAUUUGAAAUGUCGCAACAACUCAAGUCCACCGACUACACUGGCUUGGGUAAUCAAGUUCUGUCGAAUUUACUGGGGUCGUCUACCGAAGAUCAGCAGCUGAAAAGCUAUCGUUGCUCCUAUUGCAAUUUCACGACUACCGUGCUGCCAUUCCUCUUUCUUCACGAAAGGUCUCACGUGAUUUCGCACGACAACAUGGAAGGAGACAAAUCGCUGCAGUGCCCGGUCUGCUCGCAAGCUUUUCAUCAGCCGGAGAUGUUGCAUCAGCAUCUACUCGCGUCGCACCAGUUCCCCACUUUGCUGCCACAUUUUCAACCCCCUGUGUUUAACAAUUUAAGCCUGGACGCGGAGAAGUUGAACGAAGCCAAAGAGAAACUCGACGUGGAGGCAAAGGAGGAUCGCACCGAGAACAAUUCGCAGGCCAUUGCCAGUCAACAUAUUCCCCCCGAUCCGACGGGAAACAAACGACAGGACGAAACGGCGGUGCAAGUCACGCCUCACGGUGUGUAUAAAUGCGCGCAGUGCGGCUACGCGACGACCAACUUGAACAGGAUCAAAAAGCACGUGAGGAAAGACCACAGAACGAUCAGCGAUCCUACCGAUAGCGUGCUCGCCGAGCUCAGCAGAACUCUGAAAGACGUUGCCAAUAAGCACAAGGUGCCAGCUUGCUACGCGACGCCGCAGGACAUGAAUUCGAAUCCUGACAAGACGAUCAUGCAGCCGUUUCUAAUCGAGGAACAGGACACGAUGCAAGCUGGAGAGGAGUCCAGCUCGGAGAGGCGAUUCGCGCCGGCUUUGGUCUAUUUGCCGGUUAAGUCGAGAAUCAACAACGCGUUCACCGCGUCCUUCACCCUCAGUCCUGCUUGAAACUCUUCCUUCUUUGCAUCACUACUCCUACGGAUAUUAUACGACUCGUUUCUACGUCUGCGAUUUGAGCACGUGUUAUAAGUUCCUAUGUAAAGUGUAAGGGAAU